GGCGCGAGCGCUGCGGCGGCCAAGCUGGGUCCGAGCAUCCCGCAGCUCGGGACCCGCCCGGCCCGGACAUGGCGACCGUCCGGGCCUCGGUGAGAGGCGCGCUGCUGCUUCUAGCCGUGGCGGGGGUCUCGGAGGUAGCCGGGGGCCUCGCUCCGGGGAGUGCGGGUGCAUUAUGUUGUAAUCAUUCAAAGGAUAACCAAAUGUGUCGUGAUGUUUGUGAGCAGAUUUUCUCCUCAAAAAGUGAAUCCCGAUUGAAACAUCUAUUACAACGAGCCCCAGAUUAUUGCCCAGAAACAAUGGUUGAAAUUUGGAGUUGUAUGAAUUCAUCUUUACCAGGUGUAUUUAAGAAGUCUGACGGAUGGGUUGGCUUAGGCUGCUGUGAGCUGGCAAUUGCCUUGGAGUGUCGACAGGCGUGCAAGCAGGCAUCUUCAAAGAGUGAUAUCGCCAAAGUUUGCAGAAAGGAGUAUGAGAAUGCUCUUUUCAGUUGCAUUAGCCGAAAUGAAAUGGGUUCGGUGUGCUGCAGUUAUGCAGGUCAUCACACAAAUUGCCGUGAAUACUGUCAAGCCAUUUUCCGAACGGACUCUUCUCCUGGCCCAUCUCAGAUUAAAGCAGUGGAAAAUUAUUGUGCCUCUGUUAGUCCACAGUUAAUACACUGUGUGAACAAUUAUACCCAGUCUUAUCCAAUGAGGAACCCAACAGAUAGUUUAUAUUGCUGCGACAGAGCUGAAGACCAUGCAUGCCAGAAUGCUUGCAAGAGAAUUCUGAUGUCUAAGAAAACUGAAAUGGAGAUUGUGGACGGUCUCAUCGAGGGCUGUAAGACCCAGCCCUUGCCUCAGGACCCUCUUUGGCAGUGCUUUCUUGAAAGCUCACAGUCUGUUCACCCUGGCGUCACUGUGCACCCUCCUCCCUCCACGGGCCUUGAUGGGGCAAAAUUGCAUUGCUGUUCUAAAGCAAACACUUCGACGUGUAGGGAACUGUGCACUAAACUUUACAGCAUGAGCUGGGGCAAUACACAGAGCUGGCAAGAGUUUGACCGCUUUUGUGAAUACAAUCCAGUGGAAGUAUCCAUGUUGACCUGUCUAGCAGAUGUCCGGGAACCUUGCCAGUUGGGCUGCAGAAAUCUUACUUAUUGUACUAAUUUUAAUAACAGGCCAACAGAACUUUUCAGGAGUUGCAACGCUCAGUCAGAUCAAGGAGCCAUGAAUGACAUGAAGCUGUGGGAGAAGGGAAGUAUAAAGAUGCCAUUUAUCAACAUACCUGUUCUCGAUAUUAAAAAGUGCCAGCCGGAAAUGUGGAAAGCCAUCGCUUGUUCCCUGCAAAUUAAACCUUGUCACAGUAAAUCUCGGGGAAGUAUUAUUUGCAAAUCAGAUUGUGUGGAGAUUCUUGAAAAAUGUGGAGACCAUAACAAAUUUCCUGAAGACCACACAGCUGAAAGUAUUUGUGAGCUUCUGUCACCUACAGAUGACCUGGAAAAUUGUAUACCCUUAGAUACAUACCUCAGGCCCAGUACCUUAGGUAACAUUGUGGAAGAAGUGACUCAUCCCUGUAACCCAAAUCCUUGUCCGGCCAGUGAACUCUGUGAAGUGAACCGAAAAGGGUGUCCAUCUGGGGAGCCAUGCCUUCCAUACUCCUGUGUUCAAGGUUGCAAAUUGGGAGAAGCUUCUGAUUUCAUUGUCCGUCAGGGGACACUCAUCCAAGUGCCAUCAUCUGCAGGAGGAGUUGGUUGUUAUAAAAUCUGCUCAUGUGGACAAAGUGGGCUCUUAGAAAACUGUAUGGAGAUGCAUUGUGUAGACCUCCAAAAGUCUUGUAUUGUUGGAGGAAAAAGAAAAAGUCAUGGAACAUUCUUUAAUAUCGACUGCAAUGUCUGUUCUUGUUUUGCUGGCAAUUUGGUGUGUUCUACCCGCCUCUGCCUCAGUGAACACAGUUCAGAAGGUGACCGUCACACUUUCACAGGUCUGCCUUGUAACUGUGCAGACGAGUUUGUCCCAGUGUGUGCGCAGAACGGGCGCACUUACCCCAGUGUCUGCAUUGCUCGCUGUGUGGGGCUCCAGGACCGGCAGUUUGAGUUUGGGCCGUGCAUUUCGAAGGAUCCUUGUAAUCCUAACCCCUGCCAGAAAAAUCAAAGGUGUGUAUCCAAACCCCAAGUCUGCCUGACGAGUUUUGAUAAAUUUGGUUGUAGCCAGUAUGAGUGUGUGCCAAGACAGCUCUCCUGUGAUCAGGUCCAAGACCCUGUGUGUGACACAGAGCACAUGGAGCACAACAACCUCUGCACCUUAUACCAGAGAGGAAAAAGCCUCUCUUACAGAGGCCCCUGCCAGCCUUUCUGCGCAGCCUCAGAGCCUGUCUGUGGGCACGACGGCCAGACCUACAGUAGUGUGUGUGCCGCCUACUCGGACCGGGUGGCAGUUGACUACCACGGGCCCUGCCAGGCUGUCGGGGUCCCCUCAGAACACAGCCCUGUUGCCGAAUGUGCUGCUGUGAAGUGCCCGUCGCGGUUGGCUGCUGGGUGCAAACCCAUCAUCCCACCUGGUGCUUGUUGUCCAUUAUGUGCUGGGAUGCUAAGAGUUCUCUUUGACAGGGAGAAGCUGGACACCAUUGCUAAGGUAACAAACAAAAAGCCAAUAACAGUUCUAGAAAUACUUGAGAAAAUCCGCAUGCACGUGUCUGUCCCACAGUGUGACGUGUUUGGAUACUUCAGCAUUGAGUCUGAAAUUGUGAUCCUGAUAAUUCCUGUCGAUCAUUACCCAAAAGCUUUGCAGGUUGAGGCCUGCAAUAAGGAGGCAGAGAAGAUCGAAUCCCUUAUCAACUCAGACAGCCCCACACUGGCGGCCCACGUCCCGCUCUCUGCCCUGGUCAUCUCCCAGGUGCAGGUCUCCAGCAGCCUGCCUUCCUCGGGCGGCAGGCUCAGGCCUCAAUGUUGCGCGCUGCUCCUCUUCCUCAGCCUGGGCCUCACCUUACACUUGCUCUGGGUGUGACCCUGUGCCCGCACGGAGUGCACAGUGUUCCUCGGCCCGGCUCUUCUGCCUCGUGAUGACGCUCAGGACUCCUGCUCGGCAGUCGACUCCUGGUCAGGAAAAAGCACCUGUUGCCUCUUCCACCACACAGUAUUUUUUAAAUUGCCAAUAUUGGUAGUGAGGUUUUUGUCUCAUUUUUACAGAUGUCAGUGUUUCUCAAGUGUGGUGAUCACUGCCUCAUGAUUUACAUUUUACCCAGUGGAUAGGUCCCCACUCUAAAAGAAACUUAAUAUCCCAACUAAUGACAGUGAUCCUCCUGCCUCAGCCUCCCAAGUGCUGGGAUUACAGGCAUACACUACCACACCCAGCUCCCUUAAAUAUUAAAUUUGCCCUUACGUCUAUUUUUGUAUACAGUUGCCUUCUGUGUAUAGAGACAGAGGUCUGGAGAACAGCCACUACGGUUAGAUAGUGUGAAGUAAAAAUAAAGCUUCUCUGAAAUUGCCACGUAAAUCAUCAGGCCGACUUAAGCUAAUUUACAGAAACUUAACUUUGGACCCCUCGACUGUGCUAAGCAAGAAUAAGCUGACGCUGUGUGACGUUGCAAGUGACAGUCUCAGCGGUCACUGGUCUGUGCCUAUGUUUUCUGUGGAAGGGAAAGCAUUUUACAUCAUGCAGUUUUAUAUUAAAACCAGAUAUAUAUUCUUUGGUAUUCAUGGAGAUAAAUUAGAGUUUUUAAACAUCAAUAUUUAAACCAAUUGCUGCUACUUUAUAUAAUAGCCAAAAAGUUAAAUAAUUAGUAGUUCAUGUAAAUAAUACAUGAUUUUUCUAUUUUAUUAUGAAGAAGGUGAACAGCCAUAUUUGUAAAGUGACAAUCAUGUGUUAACUCAGUACUUUCCGUUUAUGAAGACACAUUUGCUUUUUGUGAUGUGCACAAUGUAGAUAAAUGUUCUGUCUUUCUAUUUUGAUAUAGAAGUAUAAAGAAUUACGGUUUAUAUAUUUAAAAAUAUCAAGCUGAGUAUUAAAAGGUUUGCAUGUUGUCUAAGAAGUUGGAUACUUUGAAUGUGUUUUACAGUUUGGAAUAAGCUAUUCAGUGUGAUUCUUUUUGUUUGUAUGCACCUAAACUUAGUUUUUACAUGAAGUAUUUUUUCAGUAUUACAUGUACCCUCUAAAAUAUAUAGGGAUAUGCUUUUAUACCAAAAUGUUUUGAAAAGUGGGCACUUAAAGCUUUCAGAGUAUUUUAGUAUUUCUGAUGUAGCUUGUCUGUUGCAAUUACUUAUUUCUGUAUAAAUGUCUUCAAUGCAAUAUACUAGAAAGCUUUCCUAUUUUAAUAGAUAUAAUUUGUGUAUGGUCAAGUGUAUUUCCAAGCAAUGUGAACGUUUAAAAUGAAACAGUUGAUCAUC